AUGGAGAAUAAAUAUCAUCCAUAUUCAAAAGGAUUAAAAUAUAAUAUCAAUAAUAAUAAUAAUAAUGAUAUAUUACCAUUGCCACCAAUAGUGUCAUAUAAUGAAAUCUUAUUUUUUAAAAUAAUACGGAAUAGACUCAUCUUCAAAUAUAUUUUAUCAUUUAUUUGGGAAAAAUCUGCGUUGAAUAUGGAUUUGCUCCCUAUGGCAGAUGAAAAAAGAUACUCAAUUAUUUUAAACAAGUUAAAAUCAAAUACACCUAUGAUAGUUAAUGAAGAAAGUAUAGAUGAACUAUGUGAAAACUACAUUUACAAUCCAUAUUUUGAAGAAAUAUUUGAUUUAUUAUGGAAACAAUAUGGGGAUAAAUUAAAAAGAUUUAAUAUUUUAGAAUCAAUAGUGGGACAACAAAACCGACACUAUUCAUUAAAUUUAUUUAAAUUUGUAUAUAAAUAUUUUAAUAAUAACAAUCAAACACAUAAAUUAUUCACUUUAUUAGAUUUAUGUUUAGAGUGUGAAAAACCAAAUUAUAAAAUUUUAAAACAUAUUAUUCACACUUUAAAAAACGAUCUCAUUAGUAGAAUUAGAGAUUAUAAAGUUCCCAUUUUUACAUUAUUCAAUGUAAAUGGUUUUCUAAGUGAUACAAAAAAGAAAAUCGAUCUAUUUAAAGAAUGUUUAAAUAUUGAUAUAAAAAAAGAAAUAAAGGAAUUAUUUGAAAUAGAAGGUUUCAGUUUAUCCUCAGGCAAGCAAAGGGAUAAUAGAAAGAAUGAAAUUAAAACAGUCAUUAACGACAGUUAUCUAAUAGAUGAAGAUGCAUUAGAAUUUAGUUAA